AUGAUUGAUCAACUAUACAUCAAUGUUCCCUUCUUGGAGGAUAUUGGUCAGAUGCCUACUUAUGUGAAAUUCCUCAAGCAUAUUGUUACCAAGAAGAGGAAGGUUGAGAAGUAUGAAACAGUUACUAUAGCAAAAGACUACUGUUAUGUACUGAGCAAGCUGCUACCUAAGAGAAAAGAUACUGGCAGCUUCAUCAUUCCUUAUUCUAUAGGCUAUAACUAUAUAAGGAGAACCCUAUAUGAUAUUGGAUCAAAUGUGAACUUAAUACUCAAGUCAAUAUUUCUAAAGCUUGGUAUGGGAAAUGCAAGACCGACCACCAUUAUCAUGCAACUUGCUGAUCUAUCCUAUGUCUAA